CACACCCAACCCCGGCCCUCCUCGCUCCUCUGCCGCACCCGCAGCGCCUCGCUCGCCCUCACCCUCGCGCCGGCUCAUCCGUUUGCAGCACCGCGGCCCUGUUCCUGGCCGCGCAGAGGCAGCCGCAUGCCGCCCAAGCAGAAAAAGGCGCCCGAGCUCAUCAAGGGCCAGUCGUCGCUCGCCGGCUUCUUCUCCAACGGCCGUCUGGCUGCCGUCGAGCAGCCCGCCGCCGCUCGCGCUUCCACCUCGGCGUCGCCGGGAAAGUCGAGCAAGUCGACGGCCUCGCCCAAGAAGCCCAAGGCGCCGGCCGGCCCGGCACCGCCCGUCGAGCAGCUCACUGAGAAGAUCACCGUCGCCGGCUACAGACCCAGCGCCAGCGCCUCACCCUCGCCAAACAAGAAGACUGCUGCUGCUGCCACUGCUGCUGCGUCGUCGUCGUCUGCCGCUGCCAAGAAGUCCGCCCGCCCGCCGAUCGACGAGUCGGCCUCGGACGAAGAGAUGGCGCCUCCUGCUGCUGCCAAGGCGGCCAAGCCGAGCAAGUACUUUGCCGAGGCAGAGUCGGCCUCGGGCAAGUCUAGCGGAAAGAAUGCGGCCGACGCCAUCGACUUGGACGACUCGGAGGACGACAUUCCCGUGGCACAUGCCAAGCGUGCGGCGCCCAAGUCGAGCAGCAGCACGCCCAAGGCUGUACCGAAGCGCAAGGCGGCGAGCGACUCGGAAUCGUCCGACUUUGAGCCUGCCAAGCCGGUGAGCAAGGCACGCAAGUCGAGCGCAUCCUCGACGCCGACUCAGGCGCGCGGCGGCAAGAGUGCGGCUGCGACGGCGUCCAAGUCCAAGGCCCAGCCGAUUGAGCUCAGCGACGAUGAUGACGACGACGCGGGCCCAUCCAAGCCCAAGUCCAAGCCCAGCGCCAGCAAGAAGGCAAAGAUGGAGAAGGACGAAAACGGCGAGGAGAAGAAGGAGCCGCCGGCCUGGAUCGCCGCUGCAAAGCGUCGCGCAGAGGGCCCGCAGGCGCCCGGCUCGAAGGAGAUUCCGGUGGGCAAGCCGAACUGCCUGGCGGGCCUGGCCUUUGUCUUCACUGGCGAGCUCAGCAGUCUGAGCCGCGAGGACGCCACCACUCUGGCCAAGCGCUAUGGCGCCAAAGUGACGGGUGCGCCGUCGAGCAAGACGUCGUACGUGGUGCUGGGCGCCGAGCCGGGCCCGAGCAAGAUCAGGGCGAUCGAGAAGAACAACCUCAAGUCGCUGGACGAGGACGGCUUCCUGGCGCUGAUCGCAGCGCGCGGCGAGAGCAAACCGGACCCGGAUGUGCUCAAGAAGCAGGCGGCCGAGGUGGCCAAGUACAAGAAGGCUGCGGCCGAGAUGCUGCCCAAGGAGACGAAGAAUGCGCCCGCUGUCGACUACUCCAGCGCGCUGUGGACGGCCAAGUAUGCGCCGCGCGCCCUCAAAGAUCUUGUGGGCAACGGCACGGCAAUCGCCAAGAUGCAGGACUGGCUCGAGAACUGGGACCGCUCGCUGGCGUGCGGCUUCAAGAAGCCCGGCAAGUAUGCCGUUGGCACGCAUCGCGCCUUGCUCGUCUCGGGCCCGCCGGGCAUCGGCAAGACGUCUGCGGCGCAUCUCGUUGCCAAGCUGGCGGGCUUCAAUCCCAUCGAGCUCAACGCCAGCGACACGCGCAGCAAGAAGCUCAUCGAGUCGAGCCUCAAGGAGACGAUCAACAACACCAGCCUCGAUGGCUGGUACCACGGCGGAAAGUCUGGCAUGGACUCGGACUCGAUUCGCAUCACCGACCGCACCUGCCUCAUCAUGGACGAGGUCGACGGCAUGUCGGGCGGCGACCGCGGCGGCGUGGGCGCCAUCAACGUGCUCAUCCGCAAGACGAAGGUGCCCAUCAUCUGCAUCUGCAACGAUGCCAAGAGCCCAAAGAUGAAGCCGCUCGAGUCGACGUGUGCGCAGCUCAAGUUUACUCGGCCCGACGCGCGCACCAUCCGUGCACGCAUGAUGUCGAUUGCCUUCCGCGAGAAGAUGAAGAUCUCGACCGAGGCGAUGGACCAGCUCGUCGAGGCGGCGCAGGCCGAUAUCCGUCUCGUCAUCAACAUGCUUUCGACGUGGAACCUGUCGAAGAAGACGAUGGACUUUGACGAGGGCAAGGAGAUGGGCGCGGCGAACAUGAAGCCGGGCAUGCACACGCCCUUCAGUCUCUACAGCGCGCUCAGUGCGCCCGGCAUGUUCUCGGCGACGAACAGCAAGACGCUCAACGAAAAGUCCGAGUACUACUUCAACGACCACUCGAUCAUGCCGCUCAUGGUGCAGACCAACUACAUCCACCAGCGUCCCGUCAUUGCGGGCCGCUACAGCGGCCGCGAGGCAGAGUGGAAGACCAUGGACCUCCUCACCAAGGCGGCCGUCUCGAUCUCGGACGGCGACAUGAUCGACUCGAUGAUUCACGGACCGCAGCAGCAGUGGUCGCUAAUGCCGCUGCACGCCAUCGCCUCGUGCGUGCGGCCCAUGUCGCAUGUGUUUGGGCAGAGCAACGCGGGCAACGGCUACGGCCCCGGCUUCCCCACCUGGCUCGGCAUGAACUCGAAGCAGCAGCGCCUGUCGCGCGCCGCCGUCGAGCUGCAGGCUCGCAUGCGUCUCGCGGCGUCGGGCUCGCGCUUCGAGGUGCGCGAGCAGUACCUGCCGUACUUUGUCUCGCGCCUCACGGCGCCGCUCGUCGAGAAUGGCCAGAGCGGCAUUCCCGACGUCAUCUCCUUCAUGGACGACUACUACCUCGGCCUCGAGGACCGCGACAACAUCCUCGAGCUCGGCGUCGGCGGCAAUUCCAUGGACGUGGUGCUGAAGAAGAUUCCCUCUGCGGUGAAGUCGAGCUUCACGCGGCAGUACAACGCCUCGGAUCACCCGAUUGCCUUCUACAAGGGCGACGCCUCGGCCGGCAAGAUCAAGAAGCUCAAGGGCGAGCCGGCGCCCGACGUGCUGGAGCUGGAGGGCGCAGAGGAGGAGGUGGGCGACGCCAGCGAUGCAGAGAGCGUCUCGGACGGCGACCUCGACCUCAAGAAGGACAAGAUGGUUAAGGCCAAGAAGAAGCCGGCCGCCAAGGGCAAGGGCAAGGCCAAGGCCAAAGCGUAGAGCCUGCGUGUGCGCCAUCUGGCGCAGACUCAUCCCAUUCACGACCGAUGCCUCUCGAGCUCUGACACAUUCCACGCGAGACCUACUACACCCGUCACACACGCCACACGCGCACUCUCUGAGCCACAUUCACGAUGCGCCACGAGCGCAAUUGAACGCGCUUGCAUUACCCACGACGGGAGCGGCGAGUGAAGAGAGACUAGGUGAC